UAUAUAUAUAGCAAAUUAUUCUUUUUUUACUGAAAUAAUAAAAUAUCACUUUUUUUAAAUAAAGAAAAAUCGCCUUACUUGUUGGACUGAACACGUAACAGUAAGACAAAGCGAAAAUUGAUUAUCGGCCAAAAAGAGUCGGCAAAUCAUAAAAGUUCUUUCUCACGUCAUUCCUAAAAAAGUAAAAUUUCUUCACUAUGAAUUUAUUUCGUCUGGCCGGUGAUUUGGCGCAUGUUUUUGCCAUAAUCAUUUUGCUAUUAAAGAUUUGGAAGACAAGAUCAUGUGCUGGCAUAUCAGGCAAAUCACAAGUGCUCUUCGCAUUAGUCUAUUUGACCAGAUAUUUGGAUUUAUUUACGACCUACGUUAGUUUAUACAAUUCGGUGAUGAAGGUAAUAUUUCUAGCUUCAUCAGGAGCUACAGUAUAUUUGAUGUAUGUGAAGUUUAAGGCAACGUAUGAUCAUAAUCAUGAUUCAUUCCGUGUUGAAUUUUUAUUGGUGCCAUGUGUUUUGCUUUCGCUGCUUAUUAAUCAUGAUUUUACUGUAAUGGAAGUGCUUUGGACAUUCUCUAUUUACCUGGAAUCCGUAGCCAUAUUGCCGCAGUUGUUUAUGGUCAGUAAGACUGGUGAAGCCGAGUCAAUUACCAGUCACUAUUUGUUUGCUUUGGGAUCUUAUCGCGCUCUGUAUUUGCUCAACUGGAUAUAUCGUUAUUUUGUGGAGUCGCACUAUGAUUUAAUUGCGAUAUUUGCAGGCGUCGUACAAACAAUUCUUUAUUGUGACUUUUUUUAUCUAUACAUUACCAAAGUGUUAAAAGGCAAGAGAUUGCAGUUACCCGCUUAAUCCCUACACCAUAGAGACGAUAACAUACUUCUUAAAAAAUGGAAAGAAGUUUUAACGCUGCUACCAUAUAGAAAGAUCGAACGAAAGAACUUACACAAAGCAAAAUUCUAUAAGGAGCUAUUAGGAAUCGUGUCGAAAUAGUAGCUAAGAUAUUCUUAUAAUUGUAAACGCAAAAACGCAGUUGCGUAUUUGCAUAUAAACAACAAAUUAUAUAUAUAAAAAUAAUAGUAUAUUCAUCCUAAUUCAAUGAGGCGUAUUUGAGAAACCAUUAUAAUUUCAAUACAAUUACGAUGUAAGUACUACAUAUAUAUUUAUUUUUUUCUACUUCGUUAAAGAAGGGAGAAAUAAAACUCUCAGUAAAGCUUCUGUUUGCGACAUGAACAUCAAAGCGCCAAAAUUCUCAGCUUAAAUUUGCCGUCGUUUUAGGGCACACCUUGCUAAGAUUUUAGGUCACUUUCAAUUGAUUUCAAAUAUUCUUUUUCAAUCUAAUUGGUUGAAAACUUCCUUUGAAUGGUUAAACAUUUUCCUGUUUUCUACAAUUAAUUCCCGUGCGUUUCUUUAGUUCAUAAUAAUCUACGAAUGUAUUUACAAUACACAAAUAUUUUAAGUGAAUCUAUAAUAACAAUAAUAAAAUUGAAAUGAAAAAUAAA